AUGUACUAUACCUCAAGUAGUUCUAUUAUAGAAGGUAAAGUUCCUGUUUAUGUUGGCCAGGCUCCUCAGUUCUACAUAAACUACAGCAUGGCACUCAAGAUGGUUUAUCGAUUAAACAUUGGCGGGAGCAAUAUACCCCCAAUGCAAGACAUUGGAUUGUUCAGAAAAUGGUCCGAGGGCAGAACUGAUUAUUUGUUGAGCGACGGUGUAAACCCUCGUGAUCCAUCUUUGAAACUCAAAUACUCAAAAAUACCAAAAUAUAUUGCACCUGAUUUUGUCUAUCAAUCUGCAGCUUCAAUGGGUCCAAACAGGACUAGGAACUCAAUGUCUAAUUUGACAAGGGCGAGGACAGUCAUACCUAGAACAGAUGCAACUUUACGCGAUGCCAUUUUAAACGGUGUGGAAGCGUUCAAAUUGAGCGACCUAUCUGGCAAUCUUGCUGGACUAAAUAUGGUCCCUCCACCAAUGGAUCAACAACCUGCUCUGGCAGCCAACAAGUCUAAUACAAAGAAAACAAUGUUCAUAGCUAUUGGAAGUGGUAUUGGCUUUUUAGUCGUGGCCGCUCUAGUGCGUUCCAUGGUUCUCUGUAAAUUGAAGAAGACUGAGCGUUACGGUUCUUACCAUCCACUAGCAAAGUGGUGGUGUUGGCUUAGGCCAGAUCCUUACAAAAGAGAGUUCUCAAGGAGAACAGCUUCAUCACUGCCUGGAGAACUAUGCCGCUACUUCAGACUAGAUGAAAUCAAAACAGCAACCAACAACUUCAAUGAAGAUCUAAUUGUCGGUGUAGGUGGCUUUGGCAAUGUUUACAAGGGUCUGAUUGAGCAAGGUAAUAUAGUGGUGGCAAUCAAGCGCAUGAAACAAGAGUCUCGACAAGGUGCUCGUGAGUUUAUGACAGAGAUUGAGAUGCUUUCUAAACUUCGUCAUGUGCACCUUGUGUCCCUCAUCGGAUACUGCAAUGAUGAGAGUGAGAUGAUACUUGUUUACGAGUACAUGACAAAUGGCACCCUCCGCCACCACCUCUAUGACACCCCUAAUGAUCCCCUCACCUGGAAACAAAGGCUCCAGAUAUGCAUAGGAGCAGCACGUGGUUUGCACUACCUACACACAUGUACGAAGCACCCUAUUAUCCAUCGUGACGUGAAGACAACAAAUAUUCUAUUGGAUGAGAAAUGGGUAUCCAAGGUUUCAGAUUUUGGGUUGUCCAAAGUGGGUUUGGAUAACACUGCCGUUAGUACCCUAGUAAAGGGGACAUGGGGGUAUUUGGAUCCAGAUUAUGCAAGGCGCCAACAAUUAACUGAGAAAUCAGAUGUGUACUCAUUUGGUGUAGUGAUGUUUGAAGUGUUGUGUGCUCGGAAAGCAUUGAACCAAAGACUCCAAGAAGAGGAACGAAAUUUGGCAAGCUGGGCUCGAAAAUGUAUUGAGAGAGGGACCAUCGGUGAAAUCAUUGAUCCAUAUCUAAGGAACAAGAUAGCGCUAGAGUGUUUCAAGCUAUAUGUGGAACUUGCAGAGAGUUGUGUAAGUGAUCAUGGAAUCGAACGGCCCACAAUGAAUGAUGUGAUGGAAAAGUUGGAGUUUGCAUUAGAGGUCCAAGAGUAUGCAGAAGCAACCAAGGAUACCGAUUCAGAAGUGGUAUCAUUUCGUGGACAGGUGUUGGAGUCGACUAGUGGAACUGAGUUAAGUACAAUUAGCAUUGGAUUAAGUUACCCUGGUCUUGAUUCUAUUACUAUUAGUAUCACAAGUCAAGAUGACUCCUCGACUACUAAAAAUAGUAGUUCUUAA